AUGGAAGUUUGUGAUAAGAUGGUAAUAAUGGACGCGGACGUAAGUCGCUAUGAAUUAGUAUUAGAAGAAGCAACAGGCAAUUACAUAAGAAAUGAACAGGGUUGUGCUUUAGCACAUGAUAAAAUAAAUGAUAAUUUGGUCUACCUAAAAAUCGAUUUGGACAAUAAAGGGGAGGGAAAUACCGAAAAGGAAUAUCCGGAAAAGGAAAAUGUAGAAAACAAUAGAUGGGACCGUAAAGGAGUACUAAUGCUAAUUGAUCAGUUUAAGUUUAAAUCAACAACAAUCAAAAAUGAAAGUGUAUGGAAGGAAAUUGCAGGAAACCUUGCAAAAGAAGGACAUAUAUAUUUUCACAUCAAGCCAAUUAAACAGCCAAAUAUAUCUCCAAUAGCCAUUGCAUCCUCAAGUAGAGCACAAAAUAUAGAUUUACAGUCAGAGUCAACCGAUAGUGAUGUGUUUGAAAAUAAAGGAGUAGGCAAACCACCAUUAAAGAAAAGAAGAACUAAGGCCGAUAAAUAUUUGCAGCAGAUGCAAGAAAUGGGAGAAAAAAGGGAAGAAAACAAAAGAAUAAGGCAUGAAGAGAUGAUGAAUUUACAGAGGGAAACCACCAAAUUAUUUGCUGAUAAAAUGGAUAAAUUAAUUGACAAGCUAUAA